GGAGUUGCCAUCCCUAUCAUGGGUUGCAGCUCUUCUCACAAGAUUUUUUUAAUGGUAAAAGGCUAAAAGAGAAGAAGAUUCCGCAGAAAGUGAAAAGAAAACAACAAAGAAAUGGAGAAAAAUGAACCAAAAACGAAAAUAGAACGCCCUCGCUCCUCCUGCCUUCAGCCACUCUGCGUCUGUGCCCCACCUGGAUCCCUCGACCGCCGUCACACGGACACGGCUACACCACCCAUCCAAAUCCCGCAUCUCUUCCUUCUCUUUCAGCGUGUCACCGCCCGAGGCCGUCAGCGCGCAACUAAGCAUCUCGCCGUCCCCUUGCUCUCUGCGACAGCGCGCGCGAUGGCCGUCGCCCAGGCCGCAGCGGUCGUCUCGCCGGUGGUGGCCGGGGCGGCGCCAUCCGUUUCUCAGCGGCCGCCGUCCCGGGGACCGGCUGGAGCCGGAGGCGGGCUGGGGUGGCGCCGCCGGCCGAGGGGGAGCGCCGGCCGCCGCCUGGUCAUCGCGGACGCGUUCGGCGGGCAGUACGAGGACGGGUUCGGGGAUGUGGAAUUGGAAAUAAUGAAUUAUUUCACUUACAAGGCCACACAGACGGUUCUCUAUCAGUUGUAUGAAAUGAAUCCGCCAGCAUACACUUGGCUUUAUAAUUACCUUGUCGUCAACGACGCAAAAGAGGGCGUACAUUUCCUGAGGACACUCUCGAAGGAAAGGCAAGACCUGGCAGAGAGGGUCAUGGUCACACGCCUUCACUUAUACGGCAGAUGGAUCAAGAAAUGCGACCAUACGAAAAUGUACGAGAGGAUUUCCAACGAGAACCUGGAGCUCAUGCGCGAAAGGCUAAUGGAAACUGUGGUGUGGCCAACCGAUGACACCAACACCAGCGACAAGCAAGAUUGACGGUUACAGGAUCGGAAAUCAAAUCAUGUUGAGUAGGAUGUGAUUGCUUCACUCGACGAUGUACUACACGUGGUGGAGUCCCUGCAGGUUUUGAGUGUUGAUUUGGGUUACUCAUUUGUGGAUAUAAGUUAUAACCCUGCAUUAAUAGAAUAGUCGGCGUACAUUCUCUCGUAGGGGUUUGUGUGAAUGUCACUCGAUGAUUUUUGUCCUCUGAACUCUGAGAAAAAUGUCAGGACGUGUGGUCAUUUUGUUUGCUCA